AUGAACAAGAUCUACCAACUGGCGGUGCCCAAGGGGCGCCGGAUCUGCUGCGAAGUGUGCGAAGCUCCAGCCGAGCGGGUGUGCCCGGCCUGCACAGUCACUUAUUACUGUGAUGUGGUUCACCAGAAAACUGACUGGAACAGCAUCCACGAGAAGAUCUGUCAGCUGCUGAUUCCGCUGCGCACCACCAUGCCCUUCUACAAUUCAGAGGAGGAGCGGCAGCAUGGGCUCCAGCAGCUGCAGAAGAGACAGAAGCACUUGAUUGAAUUCUGCUACACUGUAGCCCAGAAAUAUAUCUUUGAAGAAAGGUAUAAAGAGGCUGUCCCAGCAGCUUUGCAUUCUCUUCGCUUCCGCAUGAAUGUGUACGGCCUGAGUUCAGUAGAGCUUGUGCCUGCCUACCUGCUGUUGGCAGAGGCUAGCAUUGGUCUAGACCAGAUCAUCCAGGCUGAGGAAUAUCUAUCCCAAGCCCAGUGGACAGUCCUCAAAUCAACUGAUUGUUCUUAUGCCACCCAUUCUUUACUGCAUCGGAACCUGGGACUUCUCUUUAUAGCUAAGGAAAACUACGAUGAAGCCCGUUAUCAUCUGGCCAAUGAUAUUUAUUUUGCCAGUUGUGCAUUUGGAACAGAGGGCACCAGGACCUCAGGAGGCUACUUUCUCCUGGCGAAUAUCUUCCUUGACCUUUCAAAGUUGGACCUGGCAGACACACUGUACACCAAGGUCUGUGAUAUCUGGGAUAAAUAUUUGAACAAUCACUAUCAAGUCCUCUCAGAGGCCCGCGUCCAACAAAUAGAUUUACUGGGCAAACGAUUUGAGACUGACACUGGCUUAGAUGAAGCCCAGGAAGCAGAAGCCAUUCGGAUCCUGACUUCAAUCUUAACCAUUCGAGAGUCUACGCCUAUCAAAGUUCCCCUAAAAAUUGUCUUCGUUCUGAGAGUCCUGGCCAUGCUUUACUACCUGAUGAUGAAUUCUUCAAAGGCACAUGAAUAUGCCAUGAGAGCCUUCAAUAUAGUUCAAGAAAGUCAGCUCGGUGCCCAGGAACAAAACCUCAUUGAACUAUUGCUAAAUAUCAUCUCAACUGAAGUAACUUACCCCAUUCUUUAG